GUAACGUCCCGGCGGGUUGAGGCGGGGCUGGCGGCAGUGCUGAGGAGGGGGAGGCAGCGCCGGCUUCACUAACCCGACCGGGGCUUAUUUGUCUGCUGUCAAUUUGGACGCUUGGCUGGCGAGAAGUGACAGGACCUGAGUGAGGAGAGAGUGGCCUGAGGGGAUAAUGAAACCCCGCCACACAUCUUCCAAUAAAAUGGGGAAACCAACUGGUGGGAAGUCAACAAAAAAUCCAUCUAAAUCACAAAAUCAACAAGGGCCUUCUAGCAAAAAAAUGGGAGCAGAUGAACAAGGAAGAAAACAAGGUCAAAAAAGACAGCAGGUCCCUCAGACAGGCAAAAGGGGAGUAAAGGAACUGAAGGACUCUUCCCCUGCAGGAGAAAAUGGUUCUUCAAGAAAGAUGAAGCUGUCCAGUGCUGCAAUAAGGUCUUGGCAGCCUCUGUCAGAGAACAGUAGGCUGUUCCUGGAAAAUAUAGUGGAUUCAGUAGUACUAUCUGUUUUGUCCCAACAGAGGGAGGGAAAAGAUGAUGUUCAGAAGCACCUCAAUGUACUGAAAAACAGGGUGCUGAGAAGGCUCAGGACUUUAAAUGUGCCUCCAGGGAAGCUGGGCAACCUGAAGAAUAUCCUGGGCCUUCAAAGGGCAGAGAAGCAAAUGCUUGAGACAAAUGAGGAGUCUUUGGUACAACUGCAGGAAGAAAUAAAUGAAGCAGAGAGAUCAGCAGACCGCAUUGAGGAAAAUAUACAGCAGCUGCGGUACAAAAUCCAGGUGCUCAAAAACCAGUUAGAGAAAGAUGAAAAAGAUGCCAGGAAGGUAUUCCAGGAAAAUGGCAGUGGAGCACUCCAGCUUCCAGAACUCCCCAAGCGCAGUUUGCAGGCACCCACUUUGCAGGAGGAAAUUUUGAAGGUAAAGAAUCAGAAAGACCUUUUAAAGGAUAUGAAUGCUAUUCAGCAGUCAACUGACUUGAAGAACUUGUUAACCCUUGUUGAAAAGGCCUAUGAGAAGGUGGAUUUGCUUUGAGAAGCCAAAAUGUGUGGAGUCUCCAUGCUGAGUUUGGCAUCUGCUUUCUUCCUAAUGGCCUUCCUGUUGUGACUGCUGCAUUUCUGUUAAAACAUUUUCUAUUAACAUUGGUAUAUAAAUGUGUAGAUACAUUUUGGGACUCAAGUGAUUUAAGUCAUCUGUCAAGGUUUUUUGGGGUUUUUUUGACCUGUGAUGACUUCUAAUGAUGAUAUAUCCUGUCGUAGGAAAAGGGAGGGAAAUGGAUCCUGGGUUAUUUGGGUGUUUUUACAGAAUAAGGGAACUAUUCUAUUCUAUUUGCACUUCUUUGUCUGUAAAUCACUGAAGGCUGUGUCUCCUAUCAAAGUAGUUUUUAUUUGGGAGUUUAAACCUGAAACAAGUAGUAAAAAUAAGCUUAUCUAAUACUUAAUUGUAAAUCCCCUGUUCAACUUUCGUACUAUUUUUAACAAAAACUCUCAAUUGAAGAAAAUGGAAUAAUUUUUAUCAAAUGUACAAAAUGGCUCUUACAUUUCUGUUACUUACUAUAAAAACCAACAUCAAACAACAUGAAAUACUUUUUCAGGUAAAUUACCUGCUGAAAGAUAGCAGUCAGCUCUUUACACUGACUUGCUUCAAAAACUCUUGUUCUGCUGUUUACAAGCUGCUGCUACUCUUAAUGAGACAAAAGCUAAUUAUCUCUCUUCUAUGAGGGCUUGAAAGCCCUUUGGAGUUAGAAUCAUGGAAUAUCUCAAGUUGGAAUGAAUCUGUAAGGAUCUCUGAGUCCAGCUCUCUACUCCUCGCAGGAUUACCUAAACCAUGUAGGAUCAGGAAAACCAGACUAACCAGACUUGCUUUAUACUGAAUCCCAGGAAAAGGAAUAUAAUUAUUUAGAAGUAUUUCUCAAAUUUGUUAUCACUUGGCAAGGGAAGCAGUUACUGAUAUAACCCCAUUACCCCAAAAUAAUUUAAUCCAGAACAUGGGUUAAAGAUUUUCUUGCAUGCCAGGAAAAGGUUAAGUAAAGAUAUACUCCUUUGCUUUCAUUAAGGGUGAUUUACUAUGUGGGUUUUGAACUUCCUGAACCACAUAGAGACCUUUGCCCUUUUGAAAGCUUUUUAUUUUGAAAAGAAAGUGUGGAGAAGAGCAGUGAGUAGGAGUCAAAUUCAGCUUCCACACAAGGAAGUUGAAUUAGUAACUGAAGAAUGAGUUGCUGCAUUACAGUGCUGGAUAGAUACAGAGGCAAACCAUAAUUAAUUUAAUUUUUUGCCUGACACAGGGUGAUUUAUGAUAGGCUGGCUGUGGGUGUUGUUACUUUGGGGUUGUCAUGCACACAUAAACAGAACAACAUGAACCAGGGAACAUAAAUCCAGACAUUUAGGAGGUGAUCUUAACUCAACUCGACAGUGGAUGCUCUUGGACAGAGCUGCAGAAUGGUCAGACUGUUGGUUUGAUGAGAUUUGAGGCCCCUUCCAGAAGGUUCAGUGUUGAUCUGUGUGUGUGUAGCUGUGACCACAGCUGUGUGAUUUGACCUGGGAGCACCUGAAACUUCAAUUUCCCAAACCUUGGCUUUAAGUAGGUAAGACAUUUUCUGGUGUGUGUAUGCUUUAUGUACUGAAUUUAUCCAUUUAAGGAAUACUCAGGGAAAAUCCUUAAGAACUUCCGGAUUCAGGUCAACUUAGCUUAAGGUUUUUCCUCAGAAGUGAUCUACAACAAGUACAGAACUGUGAUUUCUUUGCAUAUGGAAAUGGAGUAGGGAGAAGAGCCAAGGGAAGAAGCUGCACUGAGGCACUGGGGCACAUCAGGGUAUGCAGUCCAGCUUCAAACCCACCUGACUGCCAAGGUCGAACAGCCCUUCUCUUCUGACAGCCUGGAACUCUGAACAUCCCACAUUUAUCUCCUUGUACAACCUAAGCACAGCUUCAUAGCCCAUAUGUCUUUGGGAAAAACCUGGACUUGGGAGCAUUUUUUGGGAUGUGCUUUCAACAAACAGUGAACAUGGCAGCAAGAAUACGAAAGCUGAAGGCCUGUAUUAUUUAGCCAAGAUUAAGUGAUCUAAGAGAUUAAUCCAUGAGCCAUCAGUUACUUCUGGUCCAUUUCUGCCCUCUCCCAAAAAAAAAAAAACCAAAAAAACACCACUUUGGUUUAGAAGUACUAGAAACCUUAAUUGAAAUAUGGAUUGUUUUGGUAAAAGAAUUCAGAAGACAGAUGCCAUGGAAAAGUGAUUUAAACAUUUUAGCAACACAAUGGAUUAGAGUUCUAGGAACGUGCUACAGCACACAUUUUAUAGGGUUUGGGGAUGACAUUAAAUGAAAUGGCAGGGCUAAGGUCCAGGUCUGAGUUGGAAACUCCAGGUGGAGGGAGGAAGUUGAACCUCUGCAGGAGACUGGUGAAGAAGAGGAAGAGCUCCAUUUUGGCAAGAGUCUCCCCAGCACAGAUCCUCCGCCCUGGAACAAAACGCAAAAGGACCACAAGAGAAUCAGUGAGCUGCUUCUUAAGUAUUGGAAGAAAAAAAAGCCCCUUUUAUCAGCUCUUGACCUGAAAAAGGUCAGCGGGAAUCCAGAACAUUUGCAUGUUAUAUCCUAGGUAUGAAUAAAGAACACAGAUUUUAAAAAUCUUUUGGGCACAAGUUAACAGAGAAAGAGAAAUUUUGAUCUUCAGAAGUAUCAUACCAAAGCCAGCUGGUGAUGGGUUUUUAUUCAAGGCCAGAACUAAGAAAAACCUGAACUAAAAUUUGGUGUUAACACCCCUGUGUGACUGAAAAUGGAGAGCUAUUGCAUGGCUGUGAUAUGAAAUAAGCCCUCCAGGGAAUGCCCAGACCUGACAUUCCUUGGAUGUGCUUUCAGCUGGGACAUCUAGGCUUAAGUCUGGAAAAGAAGACCUGGGAACUGGAAGUGUGAUAAGUUCAAAAAGGAAAGAAGAAAAAGAAAGAAAAAAAUUACAGUGUACCAGAUGGUGAAUAUGAUAAGAAAAAAAUCUUAUUCAAAGAUCAUACAGAGUUGAAAUAUACAAAUAGGGUUGAUAAAAAAAUGGAGAGUGUUGUGGAUAUGACAGAUAAAUUAGCCAGAGACUGAUGUAUGGGAACUUAAAAAGAGCAAUUACAGAGCCUGCAAAGCAGGAGAAAUGCCAGAGAAGGAGCAGGGUUGGAAUCUCCCAUAAUUUGGGAAAUGGUGCAGGUGUGUAAAUUCAGGUGAAUGUCACACUCUGGGGAAGCCUCAAAAGCCCCUUCUGUCCUUGGAUUUUACACAGAAUUUGGGGGUUUCUUGUUGUCAAACUAUUUGAAAUCUUGACCCAGCUGACAUUUUUGGUGACUUUUUAAAAGGGACAUGGAAAAAGGAAGCAGGAAUGCACAGAAGCAUCUUCACUGUGUGUUCUGUGUAAAUAUAAAAGAGAAAGCACCUGCUGAGAAAGGAAUGAAAGCAUCCUUCUUCACAAAUUUCCCAUUGGCAUCAAGGAAGUGCUCAGGGUAGAACAUGUCUGGUUUCUCCCACUGCGACUUGUCUUUCAGGACUGAGGUCAGUAAAGGGAUGAUGUAGGUUCCCUGCAAAAUAGGACAGAGGAAUGAAUUCCUGGACAAAAUCAGAAAGAAGAAAUGUUAAAAGAAGCAAUCCUGUAGGCAUCUCACCUUGGGGAUGAAAUAGCCCUGGAGGGUGACAUCUGCAGCAGUCUCAUGAGGCAAAUCCAGUGGCAGGAUGUUGGCAAACCUCUGAAUUUCAUGGAUAACAGCAUCUGUGUAUGGCAUCUGAGCUCGGUGCUCGAUCCGUGGGGGGUUGGACCCUAUCACUUGCUCUAUCUCGUCUUGGACCUUUUCUGAAGAAAGAAUCAACUCUUAAGAUGCAAGGACUCAUUCACCCCUGAGACACAGUGUGCUUGACUGAUGUUAGGGUAUAAUAGAUCUGGAGUAUAAACCAUAAAUUCUCCAAAAAUAUUUUUUUCCUUUCAGAAAUAAUGGGAGGUGAACAGGACUACAGUGUUUGAUUGAUUCUUUACCAACAAGAAACCUUAAGACUUUUUUUCUGCUAUCUCCUCUGUCUAAAGAUCCAUGUUCUGCCUGAGGGUUGUCUCAAAAACCCCAUUUGACUCCAAACAACCCUGUCCCAUCAGCUGGAAUGGAGAUGCCAGACAAAGGCAAUUCCAUGAAUCUUCUCAGGCCCCUAAAGCCUCAGCACAGUUCAUUUAACAUCUGCACAGACCUUGGUUUAUUGACAGUUUCUGAGGGAAACCUGGAACAGAAUCCUUGACCAACACAGGACAGCUCUUUACUUACUAAUUAAUGAGAUUUUCCUAAGCAGAGGGCCUGGCCUGUAUGAACUCUGCCCCACUGGGUCUGAACCAGAGGGCAGAGACAGUAAUUAGCUGGAAAUCUCAGCUUUUUGUAUCUUGGCCUAUUAACAGAUGUGUUGAUCCUCCAGGUUCCUGUUUGGUCACUAAUACCCUAAAUGUAACAGUAUCUAUCAUUAAACCACUUACUCUGGAUUUCAGGGUACUUUAGCAUCAGCAGAAAGCCCCAGUUUAGUGUGGUGGAAAUGGUCUCAACACCAGCAGUAAACAAAUUGCUCACCAAGCUUAGCAAGUUGCCAUUAUGGAAAUACCCAUUGGUAGUGGAUUUCUCCUGAAAAAAGAAGUCGUUGAGAUAAAAGGAUGAAAACUCAAAGCUUUCCAUGUGAAAAUGCAAUUUAUGUAGAUAAAUAUUUGCUAGGAUAUAAAUCCUAUAUUUUAAAAAAGUGUGAAAGACAAGGAAGAGCUUUGGGCUUGUGCCUGGAGGAGAGUGCUGACAUAUCUCUGUAUGUAUUUACUGGGACCAUCUGCAAAGAGAGCUGCCUUCCCCAUGGGGAAGGUAACCCAACCAUAUCAGAGACCCCAGAUAAGUCCCAGUAAAGCCCAGGUAGUGAUUCCAUUCUGUAAUGUGUUAUGCUUCAAAAGAGCCAUUAGAGCUGGGACAACAGAGAGAGCAGAUAAAAAGAUGCAGCCUUGGUAAAUAUAUUUAUACAGUCUGAAGAAAAUAAAUAAGGAUAAAUGUUCACUGAUUAAGAGGUUGGAAUUUCAACAGCAUGAAGUAUCUGUUCAACUCUACCACUUUGUCAUAUGUAUUUUCUCAAAGACAGCUUCCCUAAAGAAAUUCAGCUGUAAGUAUAAGGACUGAAAGAAAAUGGAAAAUGUCUUCAUAGAACUGUAAAAGAUGUAAUCAGCAAAAAAAUGCUCAGUUACCUCCUGCUGUUUAACCAGGAAGGCAUCAAUAAAACUUCUUUGGUCAUUUUUGUCCAGGUUUUUUAGGUUCUCUACAAAAGUAACUCGGACAAAAUCGUGGAAUUCAUCUCUGUUUCGAAGGAGAGCCUUGUUAGCCCUUAGGAGGAAUCCAAGGUAUGGGAAGAUGUUGUACAUCUACGAGAGUGGAAGUUGUUAGAGAGAGUUUAUCAGCCAGAGCUCUGAAAACACUACAGAAACAAAUUAACAACAUUUGGCCAUCCUUGCAUAUACAAAGUCAAAACCUUAAGAUUAAUAUUUUGUUUUUAGGAACAUGAAAAACUGAGUGGAUGAAUUGUGGUAGGAAAUUCAUCAAGGACCACCAAAUAGAUGUAAAAAUCUUGUCAAAUUACCAUUUUUCAGGAGCAGUGUAGGUGUCAGGCUCAAACAGCUUCAAGCUGCCACCAGGCAGAUGGAAAUGUUGGCCAGCAAUUUUUUUUAUUAUUUUGGCCAGCUCUUCCAUUGGUAUUUUUUUUUCUAUUUCAAAAUCUAGAUAAACAUAAAUCAAUCCAGGGUGUGGCAGCAUUGCAUGCAAAUAUAUGAAGGUAUUUUUCACUCACUAGCACUCUUCAAACUGUAUCUUAAAUAUGUUUUUGAGUGACUGGGGGCUUGAUUGUUGACUUCAUGAUUCCCAAACUGUCUCUCAAAGUUUUUUGUCCAAGAAAAUGCUUUGUAAACCAAUUAUCUCUCAAAGUCUCAUAUUUUCCUGUUUAAUAGAAGAAACUGAUCGCCCGUAUUGCUAUUGGUGUGCAGUGGAACUGCAACAUAAACACGUGAAUCAUUACCGUGACCAAAGGUUUCCCAGCAAGCCUCAUGUUUUCAUUGGUCAUACUUAGAAGUCUCACAAAUCUGGGGUCUUUGUAGUCAAAUCGUUUUCCAAGCAAUAUUGACACAAUUAUAUUAGCAACUGCUGCAUUAAUUAUUUUGCUGGCAUC